AUGGCUCCAGCCCAACCCAAUCCUUUCCUUCUAGCCGCCGACAAUUCUCCAGAUCUCCUGCCCCUCCUUCGAUCGAACCCCGCCUUAGCUUCUGCUCAAGAUGAACACGGAUAUUCGUUAAUGCACGCUGCUGCCUCUUACAGUCAUUUAGACCUUCUGCGAGCGCUUGUCACCGAGUUUGAUGUCAACGUCGAUUUGAAAGACGAGGAUGGAGAGACCGCAUUGUUUGUGGCCGAAACACUAGAUUGCGCAAAGCUAUUGGUUGAGGAAUUACAUGCCAACUUUACAAUUAGAAGUGCUGAGGAUGGGUGCAAUGCAAGGGAAAGAAUCGAGGCAGAGGGCGACUAUCCAGAAGUCGCGGUGUAUCUCCGAAUCAAGGAACUUGAAGCCGAGGGAGGCCUUCCAGCAUCAAGUGGUACAGAUGCUAUAGUGGUCCACCCACCACUAGUACCCGAAGGACUGUCGGUCAACAUUGGUACCAUGAAUCCAGAAGAAGAUGUAGGAGAGGUCAUUGAUCCCGAGUUUAAGAGACGUAUUGAUGAACUGGCUGCUCGAGAUGAUUUCCAAACACCUGCGGGACAAGAGGAAUUACGAAAGCUCAUUACGGAGGCAAUUACAGGCGAAGUAGGAGAAGGACGAGAAGUGCGUCAACGAACAGAAUGA